AUGGCUGGUUUUUAUGAGAAUGAUGUUAACUGUGGUGUUUAUCGUUCGACUGAUACAAUAAGUAAUUUUAAAAUUCGAGUUAAAUUAGAACGACUUACGUCAAAUGCACUAUUACCAAGUCUUAACCGAUUGAAAAUUGAAGAAGAUUUAUCACGUUUACUUGAAAUAGAUGAUAAGAAUGCAAACAAAAAUAAAGCUUCAAAAACUGAUCUAGCUCAAGCCUUGGAUGAAUCCAAAAGAUCUGAUUAUGAAGAAGUUGUUGUUGGUUGGCAACAGAAAUUAUUCAAUCGUCUGGAAUUUGAUCAGUAUGGAAAAGGUGUCGGAGCAGAAAGUUCAGCACUAGAACGAAAAUAUUAUGAUGAUAUUCAAAAGAUGAAAAUGAAUCGAAAACAACCUGGACGAGUAUUUACUUAUAUUGAGGGCGAUACAAAUUGUUUUGCAAAAGAUCUUGACUAUUUUAUGACGGAUUCACCAAAUGAAGAGCCAAGUCAAUUGGCAUUAGGAAUUAAUAAUAUUCGAAAACAUCGCGGAGGUCAAUCACGUUUGAGAAUAAGUGAAGACGACUAUUUACCAAAAGCAAAUAUUAUUAAUCGUAAACCAACACCGGAUGAUAUUCGUACAAAUCAUUUAGCUGCAUUGCCACAUCAAACAAUGUAUAUAAUGGCUGAUUUAAGUGAUCGAGUUGACCAUGCAACAGCAGGACUAGUUCUUCUACCUCAACCAACAAAUGAACGUGUUCUAUGUAUGGUACGUGUUUAUUCAAAUGGUACAAUUGUAAUAGAGCCGGAUUUUAACGGUGGAAAAAUGGCGUAUAUUAUUGAAACAGGAAAUCUUAAUAAUGAAGUUUAUCAUUAUUAUUUGGAACACGGUUCAAUGGCAAUACAUAAAGAUGAUUUUGUCAAAGAAAAAAAACUACUAAAUGAAGUUCGUUUAAGAAAACAGGCACAUCUGGCACAAUUAGUUGGAAAUUAUUUUGAAAAACCACUACCGGGUGCUCUCAGGUUAAAUCUAUAUGGAGAAAUUGUUAGUGGAAAAAAUUUUGAAUAUGAUGAACUUUACGUUUAUUAUUGUUUAGAUUUACCUGAAAGUUGGCGAGCUGAAGCUUCAAUGGUUUUCUCAGGAUACACACAUACAGCAACUGCGACUGAAUCAAGCAAACAUGAUGAUGUUGUCUAUUAUUCACAUCCAUUCGAAUUUGAAUUGUGGUAUGUACCAUCGAAAGAUUCAGCUGAUCGUGAACUUCCACCAAUGCCAAAAAUUUAUUUUCAAGUCGCUUCACAAGAUGGAUGGGGUCGUCAUCGAGCAGAAGGAUAUACAUAUAUUGACAUUCCGAGUUUUCCUGGGUUUUAUGAUGAAGAAUUAUCAUGUUGGCGACCACGUGGGGAUACAGUAUUUAAUGAACUUCGACGAUUUUUUAUUGGUGGAUCCAAUGAACUUGAGGAUAUUAGUUAUGUUGCUAUUCCAAGACAAUUUCAAAGUGAAAAAAAUAAAAAUCCAAUGAGUCGUUUUGGUUUUCGUACUGAAACAACAGGAACAUUAAACGUUCGACUUAAUGUUAUUUUUCAAUCUGAAGAAAUUGCUAUGGAAUAUGGUAAAAAACAACGUGGUCGUAGUAAAUCUCGUUUUGGAUUCGAUGCUUUCAUGUCCAACAUAAAUGCAACUCUUGAUGCAUAUGAACAAGCAAGACGACAUGCAUUGGAAGUGCGCGAAUCAACAUUACAAAUAUUUUCACCACAAGAAUCUGCGUAUGAAUGA